UCCUCCACUUUCGACGUCGUCUCCCUCGCCGGCCGAGCCAAGAUCAAAGCAGAUCGGGCUAUUGUCCUCGACCCGAACGACGCUGCUUCGCAAAUCCUCAGGGGAUCGUGCUCAUUUUGUAGGGUUUCAAGACCCCCGUCCUCGACUCACUCAAUGCCAUCUCCCAAGAAAAUCGGUUUCAAGACCUCCGCCCUCAACUCGUUUGAUGUCGUCUCCCUAGAAAAUCGUCUAAAACAACAGAAAUCUCCCAAGUCAGAUCCUCUACUUCCCACGUCGUCUCCCUCACCCGGUCGAAUUGAGGCUGAAGCCGAUUGGGCUAUCGCACUCGACCGAACGACGUUGCUUCGCACACCUUCAGGGCCUCGCGCUCGAUCAACAAGGGUUUCAAGACCUUUGUCCUCGACUCACUCGGCAUCGUUCGAAUUGCAGGGUUUCAAGACCUCUAUCCUCGACUCGCUCGAUGGCGUCUCCCUAAAAAGUCGUUUGAAACCCUACAAAUCUCCCAAGUCUGAUCCUCCACUUUCGAUGUUUUCUCCGGUCUCAGACCUCAGGACAUCCGCCCUCGGCUCGCUCGACGCCACACUGUCCCCGCCUGCGGCGAGAUCCUUAAGGGAUGACGAGAGGGAGGAUGCUCUGUUCAAGAUGGCGGAGCUUAGGGUAGGGCUGGGCGAAGGAGGGGCGAUGGAGGAUCUGGUGGAAUCGAUGGAGGAAUUCUCUUUCGUUAUUAUUGAAUUGAAGGAACGACCAAAUGUUGAAAAUAAUGCUGGGCCAAACCUCCAGCAUAAGCCCAAUAAAUUCUGCUUCCUUAACCCACACUAUCAUCUUGAAAAUAAAAACCCUAGGCUCCACAAUCAAAUUUCUCAGGUAGGGUUUUAUAAUAUCAUUUGUGCAGAGAACAACAAAAAUAUCAGAAAGGCUGCUGCACACACAACCAAGAAACAAAUGGAAAAUCCCUCCUCCAACAGCGCCGCCAUGGACGUCGAGGCCGCCACAGCUCCGCCUCGCCAGCCGGCCGUCCUCUUCGCCCAGAAACCCAAUUUCAGGCCCCUGAAGGCGCACGAGAUCUCCGACGGCCAGAUCCAGUUCCGCAAGGUCCCCGUCCCGCCCCACCGCUACACCCCGCUCAAGAAAGCCUGGCUCGAGAUUUACAACCCGAUCUACGAGGAGAUGAAGAUCGACAUCCGCAUGAACCUCAAGGCCCGCCGGGUCGAGCUGAAAACCCAGCUCGACACCCCCGACGUCAGCAACCUUCAGAAAUGCGCUGACUUUGUCCACGCCUUCAUGCUAGGGUUCGACGUGAUUGACGCCGUGGCCCUUCUCAGGAUGGACGAGCUGUACGUGGAGUCCUUUGAGAUCAAGGACGUUAAGACUCUGAGAGGAGAGCAUUUAUCUCGGGCAAUCGGGAGGUUGAGUGGAAAAGGGGGAAAGACGAAAUUCGCAAUCGAGAACGCCACCAGGACAAGGAUUGUGAUUGCGGACACGAAGAUCCAUAUGCUGGGGUCGUUUGCGAAUAUUAAGGUCGCGAGGGACUCGCUCUGUAGCUUGAUCUUGGGCUCACCUGCUGCGAAAGUUUACUCGAAGCUGAGAGCGGUGAGUGCACGCCUUGCAGAGAGGUUUUGA